AUGCCUCCCCUCAUACCCUACCAUGUUUCUGCAGGAAGUAAUCCCGUUGUCAAAUUCGGAGGCGCUCUUGUUACAGAGUUCCUGGAGCCGCCUCCGGGUCGAUGCUUUGCCUUCCGUCAAAAAUACUGUCUCAAACCCCCUAUGGAUGAGAAUCACCCGGACUACGACAAGAUUAAUGAAGCUUUGAAUCAUCCGUCCGGCCCUCCUCUCCACUUUCACCCAUUCCAGAAUGAGUACUUCCGCGUGGAGCAGGGUCGGAUGUGUGUCGAGAUGGACGGCGUUCUGCGUACUCUAACUCCCGCAGACGGCGAGGUUAUGGGCCGUGCCGGGUCCAUUCAUCGCUUCUAUAUCGCCCCAGACAGCACCGAAGACAUGAUAAUCAUACUGAGUGCAUCUGAUUCUGGUCUAGAUUAUCAGCUAGAUCGGGUUUUCUUCGAGAACUGGUAUGGCUUGUGGCAUGAUUACCUCGUGCAUGAAGGCAAGAUGGAUCUCAUUCAGCUGCUUUGUACAUACGACGCGGGAGAUGCCUAUCUCCUGCCACCCGCGUGGUUGCCCAAUCGCGUACGAAAGUUGAUCGGCUACUGGGGCGGUGUCAUUGUAGGUCGUUGGAUUGGGAGACUUCUUGGCUACAAGCCCUUCUUCAAGGAGUAUACGACCGACUGGGCUUACGCAGUGCACAAGAUGGAAGCUUCUUCCUUUACUCGCCAGGUAGUCGGUCGUUCCUUUACUUCGGCCAUGAGCUGGGCACAACUCCAAAUGUGCGCUACUCAGUGGCAAUAUGGAGGCGGAACCGAGGGUUUUGUCACUCCCGAUGUCAAAGUCCCCAUCAGUAACGGACACAAGUGA